GGGCUCUCGGGCUAAAGCUGACAUACCUCAGGCUUCAGCUCUGAUUGGUUCUCGUUUGGAGAAGCUCAUGGGUUCAUUCCGUUGUUAAGCGCCUCCCCAUUUCUCUAAACUACAUUAUAAUGCAACGAACCUCCCUUUUAACCACAAACCGAAUUUGCUUUCAUUUAGUCUAUAUAUAUUUCUUAAAUAGGUUAAAGUCAUAGAGAUAUUUUUUUUUUUUAGUUGGGAAUAGCACUUUCGCCCUGGAGCGGUGCGCAAUGCUAUCUCAUGCCGACCUCCUGGAUGCUCGCCUCGGGAUGAAGGACGCCGCCGCGGAGCUUCUGGGCCACAGGGAGGCUCUGAAGUGCCGGCUCGGCGGAGGGGGGCCCGACCCCGGACACUCCGGGGGGGAGCUCGGCCCGGGCUCGGACGGCGUUGAAGGAGCCACGAUGCUCCCGGGCGACGACAUCAGCGGCGGCGGAGGCGGAGGAUCCAACGCGGUGCAGGUGAACAGCAAAGAGCAGGAGAAGCAGAACAACAACAACAACAGCAGCAGCAACAACAACAACAACCAGUCUGGAGGAGGGCAACAGAGCCAGAGCCAGAGCCAGAAACAGAAGCGGCACCGGACCCGCUUCACCCCGGCGCAGCUCAACGAGCUGGAGAGGAGCUUCGCCAAAACGCACUACCCGGACAUCUUCAUGCGGGAGGAGCUCGCGCUGAGGAUCGGCCUCACGGAGUCGCGCGUGCAGGUCUGGUUUCAGAACCGACGCGCCAAGUGGAAGAAGCGCAAGAAGACCACCAACGUCUUCCGGUCUCCGGGGACCCUGCUGCCAACGCACCACCACGGCCUGUCUCAGUUCCCGUCCGCGGCGGCGGCGGCCGUGGCCAUGGGCGACAGCCUGUGCUCCUUCCACGCCAACGACACCCGCUGGGCCACGGCGGGGAUGCCCGGCGUGUCUCAGCUGCAGCUCCCCCCGUCCCUGGGCCGCCAGCAGGCCAUGGCGCAGUCGCUGUCCCAGUGCAGCCUGGGCGCCGGGCAGCCGCACAACUCCAUGGGUCUGUCCAACAUGUCGAACGGCUCCGGGCUUCAGUCGCACCUCUACCAGCCCACUUUCCCCGGGAUGGUGCCCGCGUCCCUCUCGGGCCCCACCAACAUGACCCACUCGCCUCAGCUGUGCAGCUCCCCGGAGAGUGAGGUGUGGAGAGGGACAAGCAUCGCGUCGCUGCGCCGCAAAGCGCUGGAGCACACAGUGUCCAUGAGCUUCACCUAGUGACGAGCUCUUCUGCAUUUAGUUUCUUCUGCAUCCAAAACGGCGCUCCGGGAGAAAUACAACCAGGAUAUUUGAUCAAAUAAGACAAUUCUUUUUGUUUUUCCUCCACAAAUCACAAACCAAGCGGGGGGAUCCGCCAUCAAGCAUCGGACUGGUUCUGUUUUAAGAUAUGACUUAUUAUUUCGCAUGUAGCCACGUGGCAACUAUUUUAUUUAUCUAUUUAAAAUUGAACUUAUUUGUUCUGUAUUUAUUUAUUUAUUGGGCACAUGCGGCCUUUUCAGUGAGACGUUUGCUUGGUGAAUGACGUUUUUUUUCUUCUUUCUUUGAAGACAAAUUCUAGGGAUACUUUGAAAUCCCCCCAAAAAAACUCGGUUGCGAUGCCUUUUAUUUUUUUAUUUUUUUUCACCACCUGCUGCACAGCACGCGCCUCUAAAAAAGGGGUGGGGGAUGUUGGACCUGCAGACACCUGGAGGUUUAAAGGAACAAGAAAGAUUCCCCUGGAAUCAGGACAUCAUGGAAGAGGACUUGACUGCAUGUGCUGUCCGAGGCAGAAAAAUAAACAAAAACAAACACGGGAAAUACUAUAAAUUAAGACUUGGAAACUGACUUAACUAUAAUCUGUUAUAUAGGAUGUUUUGUGUAGCGGAAGCACUCUUGUUCCCAUUUUGGUCAGUUUGUGAUAACUUCUGUUUCCAAAAAAAAAAAAAAGUAUGUCUGUGCUUAUUAAUGAAAUUAUCACUUUCUUAAAUGUUUGAACCAUUUUUGUUUCAUGGACAUGUUUAUAUCAAUUAAAUGUAAAUGAUCAAAUAAAAAAUCAUUUUCAAUUAUGUC